AUUGGAAAAAAACUCCAUAAAUUCCAGUGGGCUACUGGUCUGUAGUCGCUCUCACAGUCACGCGGCGGCGGGGUAAAACCCUACGCUGAAUUCAAAAACCUCAGACCCCCGACAUCCACCGUCUAAGCCCUUCCUCCGGAAAGUCUCUCUGCUUUUCUGUAUAUACGCCCGUGACGGACGGCGGGAGCUUCUGCUCCUGCGCUGUUUCUCCGUCUCUCGCUUUCUCGCCUCCUCGCACAUUAUAUUCGCCGUAAUUUUUUCUUCUUCAAUCGAAUCGGGCGCCAAUAGUUCAAGCUCUUUGCCUCUCACAAUGAUUUCCACGGGAGAAGUAUUACCAAAUAAGAAGCUGAGGAUUAAAUUUGCUUCAAAAAUAACUGAAGCUGGACCUGCGUCUUCGACAAGUGCUAAGCGUGGGCCUCCUGCGGGGAUUGAGGACCAACAAGUUAAGAGGCAAAGAAUGGAUCAUUCUGUAAAGCAACAGUGUAGCAACAUCCUGAAAAAACUAAUGACCCAUCCAGCUGGUUGGGUUUUUAAUCAACCAGUUGAUCCUGAGGCAUUAAAUAUUCCAGAUUAUUUUUCCAUUAUUUCUAAUCCCAUGGAUUUGGGUACUAUAAAAUCCAAACUGGAUAAUAAUUUGUACUUCAGCAAUGAAGAGUUUGUGGCUGAUGUCAGAUUGACCUUCUCUAAUGCCAUGCAGUAUAAUCCUGCUUCUAAUAGUGUUCAUAUGAUGGCGAAGGAAUUAAAUAAUAUUUUUGAGGUAAGAUGGAAAUCUGUUGAGCCCAAAAUGAAGUGCGGAAGCUUAAAGGUUAAGCAAGGGCAACUUUCAAGUGGAAGCACAAAGAGAACCUGUAUUUCAAGGCAAAUUUAUCAGAAAUCACCUCCCUUGCAUAAUGACUUCUUAUCAAAGAAAAUGUCAGUGGAGGAAAAGCAAAAGUUGAGAAAAGAGCUAGAGAAGGUAUUAAGGGGAAAGAUACCACUACAGUUGCAAAGUGUUCUUAGAAGAUUUGGUUUCAUCAUCGAAAGUCAAGGAAGCAUUGAGAUGGACAUUGAUGCAUUUGAUAACAAAAUUUUAUGGCAACUAAAAAAGCUCACAACGAAUUAUUCAAAAACUGGAGCUGCAGAGGUGGAAUAUUCUAAGGUGGCAGAAAAUAAGAGGAACAAGCCAUUAAAGAAGAGCAUCCAGAAAGGCCUUGGCAGUGAUAAUAGACAUGCAUGUGACCUGGUCAUUGAAAAAUCGCCACUUAGCCAAGGCAGUGGCACAUGCCAAUGCAGCCUUCAGGUUCAGGGUGAUUCUAUGCAUGCAUCUUCAAGUGAUUUAUCUUCAGAAAAGCCAGUCAGUAAAGAUUAUCACACAAUUUAUGGUGAUGCUAUCAAACAGAGAAAACAAACAUUAGUGUCUGGGGUUAGCAAAUCUGAUCAAGAUUCUGAUGGGGUUGUACAUGCUUUGGAUGAAGGAAAUAACUGUCUUAGUUCUCAUCUUGCAGUUUCUACUACAGAUACUGCUUCCACAACAGGAUGGUUCACCCCACUUUUUGAUUGCCCAACAUCACCAAAGAAGGCUCUCCGUGCUGCAAUGCUAAAGAGGCGCUUUGCAGACACAAUCUUGAAAGCACAACAACAGACUCACCUUGUUCAUGUUGAUAAAACUGAGCAUGUGAAAAAGCAGCUGGAAAGGGAAAUAAUAGAAAGGAAGCUAUGUGAAGAGAAGGCUAGGAUUGAAACUCAAACCAAAGUUUUUGAAUGGAAAGUGCAGCGGGAAAAAGAAAGGGAACUUGCCCGGACUCAGCUGGACAAGAUGAAAAAAACUGUGGACAUGGAGGAACACUUUGAGAUUCGUAAAGAUCUUGAGAUGUUGUGUGGACGAUCCGUAUCCAAAAAUCUCCUUUGUAAUAUUGGUGGUGGUUGUGAGAAUCCAUUGGAGCAGUUGGGUUUGUUCUUGAAAAAAGACUAUUAUGCGGUCGAUGAGGAAGAGGAUGCCAUUUUGAUAGAAGAUAGGGAGGAGGGUGAGAUUUUAUCAUAGAACUGUGGCUAUGGAUAUAUUACCCAUAUGUAUAUAUUUUGAGUUCCAUGAUAUUUUGAAAGAUUGUUAUUUCA